AUGGAUCCAGAUGGAUCCGGAUGGACUGGAUGGAUCCGGAUGGAUCCGGAUGGACUGGAUGGACUGAAUGGAUCCGGAUGGACUGGAUGGAUCCGGAUGGAUCCGGAUGGACUGGAUGGAUCCAUGGAUCCAGAUGGACUGGAUGAAUCCAGAUGGAUCCAGAUGGACUGGAUGGACUGGAUGGACUGGAUGGAUCCAGAUGGACUGGAUGGACUGGAUGGAUCCAGAUGGACUGGAUGGACUGGAUGGAAAGCUGCCUAUCAAGAAGUGGAGACAAAUCACAAUGCCUGCCUGUGCCAAAAUCUCAGAUGGUGGACAGUUGGAGUGAUGAAAGGCCAAGCUGUCUGCUCCUAG